AUGUCCCUUUCGAUCCAUCACCAAUGGCAUGCACCUUAUGAGGACAUCGAACUAUCACCAGUUGUGCAAGACCUUAUCAAUUCACUUGUAUCGACCAAAACUCCAUCCGAAAUAUACCGCGAGAUUCGACAGAUUCCGGAAGGAAAACCAGUGACUAGACAUCAAGUCUACUAUCUCUGGCAGAAAGCGAACGCGGAAAUCUGGCAGCGAGACCUAGACCCCUUCAUUUCGGCUACCAUGCUUCUUUCUGAAAACAGUCACUAUCGCGAUCACCACGGGAUCUUCACGGCAGGAAACCUGAGGGCAUUGGGGUUUUUCGCGUCCGAACCUAUCCAGAAGCUUCGCAAUACAGCCCCACAAUUGGUGAUGGACUCGACAUUUGGAACUAACAGUGGCGGGAUGGAUCUAUUCGCGGUAUUAGCUGAAGUUGAAGGUACUGGUGUUCCGCUUGCAUAUUGUCUGGUCGAGCUGCUAAAGCCCCCGCAGGCCAAUUUAGCCGAGGGGAAACCCGUCCGUGCGGAUCCUGGGGCGAUGACAUACAUUAUUCAACAAUUUCUGGAGCGACUGAAAAUUUUCGGAUUCAAUCCGAGAUGCGUCGCGGUUGAUAAGGAUCCUUCCGAACUUGCAGCGGUCACCACCGUAUGGCCUGGGGUCAAAGUUCAGCUUUGCUACUGGCAUGUCAAGCGGGCCGUAGGUACGAAACUCAAUUCGUCCAAAAGCACCAACACCCAAAAUCAUUACCGGCCCGAGGAGGCUCAAAAGCAGAUUCCAGACUUGGAGAUCUGCUGGGGUUCGCUACCGGUCCGCCGACCGGUGAGCCAUAGAUUUGGCGAUUGCUCAUGCCCGUCAAAGGGUGAGAAAAUCAAUGAAAUGGGGAGACUUGAGCCCGCCACGAAGGAGGACCGUGACACGGUUCUGGAGAUUUUCUGCCGACAUUUUAACCUCCAUCCUCUUAUCCCUGAUUCUAACGGCACUUACAAGUGCUCGACAACUUUGCAUCAUGAAUGUGCGGCAGAGAUACAUACCUGGUCUGGUUUGUGGGCACGGGCUGCUGACUCUACUGAGAUCCCGGUGGCGAAGACAACAAUGAUCGUGGAGCCGCAUUGGCGAACACUGAAGCACGACUAUCUUCAUCGAUUCAAUCGGCCGCGAGUUGACCUGGUGGUGUGGGUCUUGGCAUCGCGAGUUCUCCCAGAUGCUAUCCAUCGAAUGAAAGCUAUUUCCAGUGGGCAGUUCCGCAUAUUCAAAGCUCGAUGGAGAGAGGCAUUUAAGAAGCAGUGGCGAAGAGAGGCCUCUAAAACCGUCGAACCCGACAAGUUGAAGGAAUACCACACAAGUCCGGUCAACUGGGUUUGUUCAUGCAAAUCCUUCCUGCACAGUCGCUUCCUUAUCUGCAAACACAUUGUUCAUUGUUUUGAGUCAUCUAGUCCGGACUUUUUUGAAACUGUUAGUCGUCAGACGGUCUAUCCUUUCUGGAAAGAUGAACGAUUGGUUCUGCUACCUGAGUUUGCGUCGAGAGAGGGACUCCGCACUCGGAAGUUGCAUGGAAACAUCGAAAUGCAAGACACCACCCUCGCGUCACCAUUAGACUCCUCAGGAAGUGAGUCGGAGCAGGAUGAGGAGGAUGACCAAGAGGCUGUACCUCUGGAAAUCCAGGUCGCAGAAUUCAGAACAGUGAUGCAGGAAGCGAUAGAAAUUUUUGAGGAUCAAGUGGCGAAAGGAAAUGAGAAGUUUGUGGAAAGAUUCAUAGCAUCUAACCAGAUUAACCGUACUUGGGUGGAGGAAGUUAAGCACCGUCGUAAUAUGCGCAGUAUGCCACGGACUUGGGGAAGAUGCAAACACCCAGCGACAAUGUAA